AUGCGAGCCCCGAUCGACCUGCUACUGCGCGACUACUUGAAAGAGAAGGGCCUGCACGCGUAUGUGCACGUGCCGUCGCUGUUCCAGCACAUGGGCGUGUACAGUACCAAGGACGGCAGCAGCAAGGCGUUUCACUUUGACUUUCUGUUUGGGAAGAACGCGUCUGCGUUGACGGCUAUGGGCGGCGCUGUGGAAGGCCCGUCAGCAAGCAUGCGAUGGGAUGUGCUUGUGGCUUUUUGCAAGAAUGGGGCCUGCAGAGGAGGAGACGAGGUGAUCAAGCCACGUGUUUGCUCUCAUGGCUGUCGUUCUUGCUACAGCGACCUUUUCAAGCCCAGCAGCAGCGGAAGCAGCGGCGCAGCGUCGUCAUCUGUCGUGGCGCCGUUCAUAGAGUACCUCAACAACUCGUGGACGCAGUUCCACGCCACAGCAUCGGCGAGGGACCUGUUGAGAGCAGCGGGGUACGAGCAGCUGAGGGAGUCGGACGCGUGGCAGCUGAAGCCUGGUGGCAAGUACUUCUUCACACGCAACCUCUCCUCCAUCGUGGCGUUUGCUGUUGGGGAGAAAGCUUCCCCCGCGUCUCUCCCGCUGCGCAUAGUGGCAGCGCACACGGACAGCCCGUGUCUGAAGCUCAAGCCUGUCUCAGCCGCCACCAAGGGCGGCUGCCUCUCCCUCGCCGUGCAGACCUACGGCGGCGGCCUCUGGCACACCUGGUUCGACCGCGACCUCUCCCUGGCUGGCCGAGUGCUCGUGCAGGGGGAGGAUGGCAGGGUGGCACAGCGGCUGGUAAAGAUUGACCGGCCGAUUCUGAGGAUUCCUACCCUUGCUAUUCACCUCGACCGGAACGUGAACACAGACGGCUUUAAGCCCAACGCGGAGACCCAUCUUGUGCCUGUCCUCGCCACCCACAUUAAAGCCCAGCUGCGCGCCAACAAUGGCGCUGCUGCUUCUAAUGGUGCUGGUCCUGGUUCGGGCGGACGUCUUGGGGCAGCAGAGGGGGGCGCAGCAGCAGCUGCAGCAGCGGCUAGGUUGAAUGGCAAGACGAAUGGCACAGGCAGCAGCAAUGGCAGUGGCGGUGGCGGUGGUGGGGGUAAUGGCAAUGGGAAUGGGAAUGGAAACUCGGAGCACCAUCCACUGCUGCUGGAGCUGCUAGCAGAGGAGCUAUCCUGCUCGCCCUCUGCAAUCCUUGACUUUGAGCUCAACGUGUGCGAUACACAGCGCAGCGUAGCGGGCGCGGGGGGAGCGGGCGAGUUCGUAUUCAGCGGGCGGCUGGACAACCUGGCGUGCUGCUACACGGCCCUGCAGGCGCUGAUUGAUGCCGAGGGGCUGCAGGAGGAGCGGGGCGUGCGCGUGGUGGCUCUGUUUGAUAACGAGGAGGUGGGGUCAGAGUCAGUGAGUGGGGCGGCAUCCCCCGCCAUGUACAAUGCCAUCAAGCGCAUCGUCAAGCAGAUGCCGGGAGUAGAGGCGGAGGAGGGGGCUGUGGAGAGGAGUUUCCGAGCAUCGUUCCUAGUGAGUGCAGACAUGGCGCAUGCACUGCAUCCCAACUACCCCGAGAAGCAUGAGGAGCGGCAUCAGCCACGGAUGGGGGCGGGCAUGGUGGUGAAGCACAACGCCAACCAGCGCUACGCCACCAACCUCGUCUCCUCCUUCCUCUUCAAACACCUCGCUGCCAAGCACGGCCUGCCCUGCCAGUCCUUUGUGGUGCGCAACGACAUGGGGUGUGGCAGCACCAUUGGCCCCAUCCUGGCCUCGGGCCUUGGCAUUCGCACCGUGGACGUCGGCAUUCCUCAGCUCUCCAUGCACAGCAUCCGGGAGAUGUGUGCAUCGGACGACAUAGACACGGCGUACCACCUCUUCAAGGCCUUCCUUCCUUCCUUCCAUCCCCUCUGCUCCUCCGCACACACCCCUCCCCACUCCCUCAUGUGCAGCAUCCGGGAGAUGUGUGCAUCGGACGACAUAGACACAGCGUACCAUCUCUUCAAGGCCUUCUACUCCACAGCCUUUGCAGAGGUUGAGGACUCUAUGGACCUCGAUGAAUGA